CUUGAUAAAGAGUGGGUGCAGAAGUUGAACCGCGACAUGCAGCGUAAGGAGGAGUGGCUCCAAGAAAAGAGGAUUAAGAGGGAGAAAAAAGUGGAGCUUGGAAAAGAGAAGGAUUGCAAUAGGGUAAUAUAGUCAAGUGUAUUGCAAUAGGUAGGCUACACACAAACCAUAGACCAUUAUUGGCACACAAAAACACCCUUCCUAAAUAUAACUGCCAUUCCCCUAGUUUCACUAAUCUGUCCUCAUCGGACAUUCAGAUCAGAUUUCGGAAACUGUUUCCAAUUUAAAAAAUAUCCUCUGCCACUUUCACAGUAAACACACAAAGACACAGAUAUGUUGGCAGCCUGGCAUCAACAUCCAUCCAUCACACUGCUCCCCGCAGUGAGUCACACAAGGCUGGAAGACACACUUAGCCUAUCGACUCUAAACACACCAGUGCCCCCUGCAGGUGCUGCCCGCAGGGAGGAGCAGGAAGUGAAGGCCAGCCUGAGAAUGAACCAGAUGGAGAGGGAGCAGCAGCAGCUGGAGAGACAGGCAAGGAUCAGGCUAUGUGCCGUUCAGAUUGGGUGGCUUUAUGUCUAUACACCGAGUAUACAAAACAUUAAGAACACCUGCUCUUUCCAUGAUAGACUGACCAGGUGAACGCUAUGAUCCCUUAUUGAUGUCACUUCUUAAAUUCACUUCAAAAUCAGUGUAGAUGAAGGGGAGGAGACAGGUUAAAGGAGGAUUUUUAAGCCUUGAGACAUGGAUUGUGUGUGUACCAUUCAGAGGCUGAAUGGUCAAGACAAAAUAUUUAAGUGCCUUUGAACGGGGUAUGGUAGUAGGUGCCAAGCACACCGGUGUGGGUCAAGAACUGCAACGGUGCUAGGUUUUUCACACUCAACAGUUUCCUGUGUAUCAAGACACAAGCCAACUUGACAACUGUGGGAAGCACUGGAGUCAACAUGGGCCAGCAUACAUUUUAGUCAUUUAGCAGACGCUCUUAUCCAGAGCGACUUACAGUUAGUGAAUACAUAUAUAUAUAUUUUUAUACUGGCCCCCCGUGGGAAUCAAACCCACAACCCUGGCGUUGCAAACGCCAUGCUCUACCAACUGAGCUACAUCCCUGCCGGCCAUUCCCUCCCCUACCCUGGACGACGCUGGGCCAAUUGUGCGCCGCCUAUGAGUCUCCCGGUCGCGGCCAGCUGCGACAGAGCCUGGAUUCGAACCAGGAUCUCUAGUGGCACAGUUAGCACUGCGAUGCAGUGCCUUAGACCACUGCGCCACUCAUACCUGUGGAACGCUUGACACCUUGUAGAGUCCAUGCCCCGACGAAUUGAGGCUGAGGGCAAAGUGUAAGAUUUGGUUUGAGUAAACCACGUUGUGGAUGUUUCGAUCUCUGUUUUGUCUUACCCUGUAAUGGUUGCUGUGUACACAUUCAAAUACACACAGGACAUGCUGUACUACAUGCAUCAGUUGGAGCAGAGGCUGGAGGUGGCUACAGACAAUAGGUGGAAGGAAGUGGCUCUCUACUACUCAACCAGUGAGUGAUACCAAUACCACAGAGGCUAAUGUACAGACCCAAAGUCAGGCACUCGCAGUAUAAAUUCUAGACAUAUACAGUAUAGUAUAGACGUCGUCCUAUUCUUGGAUGCUCAUGACAUAUUUAGCUCGUGGCAAUGACUCCCUACCUGACAACUCAUCUGAGGAUGAGAAGCCUGCAUCUCCACUACACUACCGGACACCCAGACUACCCUACUGGAGUGACGCGCUGGAACACUCCUCUCACCGGAGUGUGGAGUGUCCCCAGACAGAGACAGUAGGCCACCAUAUCUCAGCCAAAGUCAAACUAUGUACAUACCACCAAAACACAGAAUAUGUAAUGGACACAGCUAAAUAUACUUAACAAAAAUAUAAAACCGCAACAUGCAACAAUUUCAAAGAUUUUCCUGAGUUACAGUUCAUAGAAGGAAAUAAGUCAAUUGAAAUAAAUACAUUAGGCCCUAAUCUAUGAAUUUCACAUGACUGGGCAGGAGCGCAGCCAUGGGUUGGCAUAAGCCCACCCUCUUGGGAGCCAGGCCCACCCACUGGGGAGCCAGGCCCAGCCAAUCAGAAUGAGUUUUCCCCCACAAAAUGAUUUUUUAGAGACAUAAAUACUCCUCAGAAGAACCCCACUCAGACGAUCCCGCAGGUGAAGAAGCCGGAUGCGGAGGUCCUGGGCUGGCGUGGUUACACGUGGUCUGCAGUUGUGAGGCCGGUUGGACAAACAGCCAAAUUCUCUAAAACGACGUUGGAGGUGGCUUAUGGUAUAGAUAUUAACAUUAAAUUAUCUGGAAACAGCUCUGUUGGACAUUACUGCAGUGAGCAUGUCAAUUGCACACUCCCUAAAAACUCUGUGGCAUUGUGUUGUGUGACAAAACUGCAGAUUUUAAUUUAUUUUUUAUUUAACCUUUAUUUAACCACGUAAGCCAGUUGAGAACAAGUUCUCAUUUACAACUGUGACCUGGCCAAGAUAAAGAAAAGCAGUGCGAUAAAAAACAGAGUUACAUAUGGGAUAAACAAAACAUACAGUCAAAAACACAAUAGAAAAUCUAUAUACAGUAUGUGCAAAUGUAGUAAGUUAUGGAGGUAAGCAAUAAAUAGGCCAUGGUGCAAAAUAAUUACAAUUUAGUAUUAACACUGGAGUGAGAGAUGUGCCGAAGAUGAUGUGCAAAUAGAGAUACUGGAGUGCAAAUGAGCAAAAUAAAUAACAAUAUGGGGAUGAGGUAGUUGGGUGGGCUAAUUACAGAUGGGCUGUGUACAGGUGCAGUGAUCGGUAAGGUGCUAUGACAACUGAUGCUUAAAGUUAGUGAGGGAGAUAAGUCUCCAGCUUCAGAGAUUUUUGCAGUUCGUUCCAGUCAUUGGCAGCAGAGAACUGGAAGGAAUGGCGGCCAAAGGAGGUGUUGGCUUUGGGGAUGACCAGUGAGAUAUACCUGCUGGAGCGCAUACUACGGGUGGAUGUUGCUAUGGUGACCAAUGAGCUAAGAUAAGGCGGGGAUUUGCCUAGAAGUGAUUUAUAGAUGACCUGGAGCCAGUGGGUUUGGCAACGAAUAUGUAGUGAGGGCCAGCCAACGAGAGCGUACAGGUCACAAUGGUAUAUGGGGCUUUGGUGACAAAACGGAUGGCACUGUGAUAGACUACAUCCAAUUUGCUGAGUAGAGUGUUGGAGGCUAUUUUGUAAAUGACAUCGCCAAAGUCAAGGAUCGGUCGGAUAGUCCGUUUUACGAGGGCAUGUUUGGCAGCAUGAGUGAAGGAGGCUUUGUUGCGAAAUAGGAUGCCGAUUCUAGAUUUAACUUUGGAUUGGAGAUGCUUAAUGUGAGUCUGGAAGGAUAGUUUACAGUCUAACCAGACACCUAGGUAUUUGUAGUUGUCCACAUAUUCUAAGUCAGACCCGCUGAGAGUAGUGAUUCUAGUCGGGCGGGUGCAAGCAGCGUUCGAUUGAAGGGCAUGCAUUUCGUUUUACUAGCGUUUAAGAGCAGUUGAAGGCUACGGAAGGAGUGUUGUAUGGCAUUGAAGCUCGUUUGGAGGUUUGUUAACACAGUGUCCAAUGAAGGGCCAGAUGUAUACGUGUAUUUUAGAGUGGCCGUUUAUUGUCCCCAGCACAAGGCGCACCUGUGUAAUGAUCCUGCUGUUUAUUCAGCUUCUUGAUAUACCCCACCUGUCAGGUGGAUGGAUUAUCUUGGCAAAGUAGAAAUGCUCACUAACAGAGAUAAACACAUUUGUGCACAAAACUUGAGAAAUAAGCUUUUUGUGUGAAUGGAACAUUUCUGGGAUAUUUUAUUUCAGCUCAUGAAACAUGGGACCAACACUUUACAUGUUGUGUUUAUAUUUUUGUUCAGUAUAUAACACUAUGGCUCAUCCAAAUACACAAAACAAUUUCAUAAACAAAACAUACUAAAUUACAUCAGUACAUGCAUGUCAAUAUUCCUGAAAUCCUCACUUGAGUUAUUUUCUGUGUGUAUGUGUUGUUUUAUCAAUCUGGACUAAGGAUGAGGAGGAGCACAAGACCAGUAAGGGUGAAGACCAACCACUGAUUCUGCCAGACCUCACCAACCCCAUCAUA